AUGGCAUCCAACACUCCAACACUGUCCGAGAAGGCCCACGAAGGCUGUAUCACUCCAGCUGGCUCCUCAACAAUACGGAUUCCAAUUUCAACCCAGCAAGAACCACUGGAUGGCUCCCUUAGUGCCUUCAAGAGGUUAUCCUUCCUCGACCGUUUCCUGGCGAUAUGGAUCUUCCUGGCAAUGGCCCUUGGCAUCAUCUUGGGGUACUUUGUGCCUGAAAUGGCACCAGCUCUACUGACUGCGGGGGAGUUCGGUACGGUGGAGGUCUCGGUGCCGAUAGCCGUUGGGCUGCUGGUCAUGAUGUACCCAAUCUUGUGCAAAGUGCGGUACGAGUCACUUGGAGGGUUGAUCAAAGUGAGGGCAUUGUGGAUCCAGGUGGGGUUCAGCAUGUUGGCUAAUUGGAUACUUGCGCCGGUAGUAAUGGUCGGAUUAUCGUGGGCCUUCCUCCCUGAUAGGAGCGACCUCCGCGAGGGCUUGAUACUCGUUGGGAUUGCCCGAUGUAUAGCAAUGGUGCUCAUCUGGACCGAUCUUGCGGCCGGCGAUAUGGACUAUUGCGCGAUGCUUGUCGCCCUCAACUCUAUCCUCCAGAUCAUCCUCUUCGCCCCACUCGCGGUCUUGUACAUUAGCGUGAUCUCCCGUUCCAGCAUCGGGAUCAAGUACGAUACCGUGGCAAUCUCAGUAGCCGUAUUCCUCGGUAUCCCUCUCGUAGCUGCAAUCAUCACCCGGUACCUAGUCCUAAGUGUUCUCUUGAGCGGGGACGUUAACAAGUAUAACAAAAACUUUGUCCGCUGGAUCGCCCCUCUUUCCCUGAUCGGCCUUCUCUUCACAAUCUUGGUCCUCUUCGCCUCGCAGUCCCGCAACAUCGUCGGUAAGAUCACAGAUGUUCUUCGAGUCAGCGCGCCAUUGAUCGUCUACUUCAUCCUCAUAUUCUGCGCUACGCUAUGCGCUUGUCGGUAUUUCGGAAGCGGCACGUUCAAGGGAUUGGGCGAGUGGGGGUACAGCAUUACCGUUACGCAGAGUUUGACGGCCGCGAGUAAUAAUUUUGAGCUGGCGAUUGCGGUCGCCGUUGCUUGUUAUGGGGCAGGGUCGCCCCAGGCUUUGGCGGCCACGGUCGGGCCGCUGAUUGAGGUGCCCGUGUUGUUAGGAUUGGUUGAGGUUAUGAAGUUGACGGGCAAGAGGUGGAAGUGGAGUGAUAGGAGGGUUGUAAAUACUGUUUGA